ACAAGGCCAGAGAUCAAACCCGCAACCUCAUGGUUCCUAGUCGGAUUUGUUAACCACUGAGCCAUGACAGGAACUCUGAGCAGCUGCACUCUUGACGUCAUCCAGGUGGCAGACAGUAGGAUGCCACCUGGAGAGGUCAUGUCAUUCAGGUUUUGUUCACUGAACUAAAUUAAACCAGAGGCACCUGAACAGCCAGUGCAGCCUCUCCGGUCUCUCUUGGAGGAAAAGUCAGAACAGAGCAAAUCGCAGACUCAGGCGUGGAGGGUCUGAAAGAAACCCAAGGCCAAGGGUCCGAGCCUGCCCCACCUCAGAGCCAUGUGGCCUCCCAGGAAGGGGAAGUGGUCUUUGUUGUUUCAAAAAUAACAUCAAUUUUAGGAAAAUUAUUUUCCCUCAAGGCUGGGGGUGUCUUCUGCCUCCUAUUUUCAAACCCCUUCCCCGCCAUACCCUCCACUGCUCUUUUGUUAGCAGACGCCACUGUCCAUCAAAUAAGUUCCCUAUUUAUAUGCCAUGAUCCAGCCUGUGCCUCACCUGGACAUGACGAAUUCAGCUUCCUUUACAGAAGUCCUAGGAAGUCAAGACACAAGGUCAGGGGCCUGGUGACUGCCAGUGGUCACCAGGGAGGUGGAAGGGCCUGGGAACCGUCUUUUCCUAAGAGUGGGAUGGUCGUGGUCAGGGCCUCCCUUCUGGUCAGUUCUACCAACCGACCGAGCAUCCCUGAGUCAGACUCAGAUUUUUCUAAAAGGUCCCUUUUGCGGUCAUUUUCAACACAUGCAAAAUCUAUGAUCACUUUGGGAAGAGCAAUAAUACAAAAGCAUGGAAAUGCCUGAAUUAGUUUGUUUUUAUUUAGGAUAAUUCUACCAAAAAAAUAAAAAUCCCUAUGAUUCUUAGAUGAUUUCACCACUAUGUUUAAAAGCAAUCCUCUGAAGGUAGUUUCAACUAGAAAUGUGCUCCCCGUUGGCCAUCUUUUCCAUGCCCGGAUCUUUAACCCCAAAGAGCAAGUUGGCCCAGCGACCUGGAACCUGCCCCCUGAGUCCCCAGGCCUUCCGUCUGUGCCGCGUGAUGGUCAGAAAGCCUCUGUCCAGUGUGUGACUCAAGUAACAUUUGUAAAAGCGCCUGCGUUUCGGGAAAGACUCUGCUGCCGUCGUGUCUGGGCUGCGUCAAUGUCCUUCUGCGUCAGUGUAGACGGGAUUGUUCUGGGCUCCUUUGGUGGGAAUAGGCAGGUGUGGCUUCCAGCCUGGGUAGGCACCGUGGCCACCAGUGAGUCCCCACCAGGCGUCUGGGAACCGCAGAGGCAUCCUCCACACAGACCCAUGCAGUCACCUUCAUUUGUGGACAUGAUCAGUCCCUGUUAGAAGACUCGCCAAGGCCAAAUGCCCUGCUGUUCUGCUGUGUUGAUGUAAGCGUUUUCUGACUAGUUCCUUUCAGGCCGCCAUGUGCCGGGUGAUUCCACCACACCCCUGAGUCCCAGGCGGGCUGUGGAUGAGUGUGGGAGUAGGUUUCUCCUCAUGUUGAACAUCUAGGCUCCCGUUGAGCCCAGAAGCCCCCCACCCCCCGAGAGGAGACAUGUCCUGUGCUUAUCUUUGAGGCAUCCCUCUGUCACCGGUGUCACAGCUCUGACAGCCGUGCAGUUACGGCCUGGGCAUCACAGUUGAACAGAGGUGUUGUUCACAAUUUUGAAUUUUGGAAUGGCCAAUUUUUAAGAUAAAAUGAGCGCCAGCAUCCUCAUGACUGUCAGGCCGUGUUUGAUGAGCUCCUGGCUAACAUCACAGCCUCCAGUGCAUCCCCUUCAAUCCAUCUCCUCCUGGCCAGAGGGACCUUUGGCUCAUCCAUGAGAUGAGCAGGUGGUGGGUUAGAAGGUGGGCGGCAAGGCCCUGGGGACUGAGUGGAUGGGGCAGGGGCAGAGAGCACCUGAUGUGGGUGCCCCAUCCACACAUAGAGGCCAGGGCCCUGCCCAGAGCGCCAGCCUGCUCUGAGCUCCAGGCUGUGGGCCAAGAAGGAGACAGAACUGCUGACGGGAUCCUUGUGCAAACGUUGGGCAGGGCCCCUUUGCACCAGGCUGGGCAAGGGGUGAGGUGAGCCGGUGAGUGAAGUGCAGACACCCAGCCAGAGGUUGGAACACUCACCCACCACCCCUGCCCCACCCGGAGCAGUGCACAUGUUCGCUGGUCCAUAGCAGACAUUGGGCGGAGUGCCAGACACCCCCCUAGGAGAGCAGCAGGCCACCUGAGGGCAGUGUGAUGUGGAGCCCGUGCGCCCGGCCUCAGGCUGGACAGGUGUGUUCAGGGCACCCCAGGCAUGGUACGAGGGCCACAGUGAAUUCAUUGGUGUGGCUGCGGCAGCAGGGAACCAGGAGAUCCUGCAGUGGCUCCAGCACCCGGGGGACGGUGUGCACUGAGCCAACAGGUCAACAGAGACCUGGGUGCCUGCUGCCUAUUGUGUAGGGAGAGGGCUGUGCUCUCAAGAGGGAUGAGACUCCCUGAUGUGGUAAAUAAAACAUUCAGUAAAGUGCAGGCUUCAAAAAUACUAGAAGGUGACUAAUCUCAAUUAGUCUUGAAGCAGCUCCCAGUUGUUGGAUGUCAUGAGCGCUUGCCGUCUCCUGGGCCAGGGGCUCAGCAUCCAGCCCCUUCUUGCUGCUGGAGCCCCAGAUUGGGGGAGGGGCCUGACGACCAGCAGGCACUGGACUUCACCUCAGAGUGCAGCAGUGAAGUGUUUCUGCCCUGGCAGCUGGGCCAGUGGAUGCCUAUGUCUCCUGACAGCAGAAGUGCAUGUGGACUUAGGUCUUGCCUCCCCGGGGCGCAUCCCCCACCCUGAGCUGUUCACUUCCCUGGCUGGUGUGGACAAGGUCUGAGGUGUUGGCCUGAAGUCUUGGGGAAUCAGGAGGUGGCCGCCGAGGGUCCGGGGACCUUGCAUGUGGUCCUCCAGGGCUCAUCAGUGGGCUCGCCCUGCACGCUCAGAAGCAGUGCUUUAAGUGCCUGCAGUUCCUGGAAGCCGUGAGUGGUGCUCAGUGAGCAGUGGCUGCCUCGUCUGGGGGCCAUUAUCCUAGAAGUUUAACCGAAGAGAAACACGCAAACCUGGCUUCAGGGCUCCUGGGCCCUGAGCUGUUCAUGCUGAGGCCUCCUGCUGGCCCCACAGACACCGCGGCCUCAGAACCACUGGGACUUCUGACUGUCAUUCAGAUGGUGGGGCCCUACCCAGAGCUGCAGAUGCAGUAGGUCUGGGAGGGGCAGGGGGAAUGGCUGCAUUUCUGGUGAGCUCCCAGAUGAGGCCCACAUUGCAGGUCAGUGACCAAAGCUGAGAACCACUAUCUAAUAAGCAGAGGCCUUGCAGAUGGAAAGGUGGCGAGUUUGCAAUGAGCAUAACCAAGCGGGCUGAUUCAGGGCCAGGGACCCAGCGUGGAGCCCACAGAGGCAGCAUCAGUCUGCUUGGUUCUGUGCUUAGGAGCUGUGAGGGCAUUGUGUUAGGUGGAUGGUGGGCACAGGUGUGUGCAGGGCAUUGUGAUAGGGGGAUAGUGGACGCAAGUGUGUGCAGGGCACAUGUUGGUGGGGAUGGUGGGCACAGGUGUGUGCAGGUGCCUGUGCAGGUUCAGCAGAUGCCUCCAGAGCGGCUGCACCCGUGCAUCCUGGGAGGGGAGCCUGGGCGGGUGGGGAGCGUAUGGCCAUCAUCCUCCCUCAGCUGCUUGAUGCAGGUGCCCUAACUGUUGCGAAGAUCAUGCCAGGUAAGUCCCUCCACCUGCCGGUGGGCUUGGUUCUGGGGAGUCCUGUCCGGGAAUGACCCCAGCCUUGGGUAUGAGGUUCCGUGUACAGGAGCAUCAGACAUGCCCAGGACAGCUCCCUGAACUUGAGGAAAGAAACAAGAAAAAGGCCGGCAGCCUCCAUGAAAUGAUGAUUUUCGCAUCCCCCGGAGGAGCCUCUGCCAGACACCAAAUUGGAAACCAAGUGGCGGAACGAGAUAAUUCUUAAAUAAUAUUUAGGGCAGUAAUAAAUAUUAAAAGUUAGUGGUAAUUCUCAAGAAGUAAGUCUGUUAUGAGUUUGUUCAUUUGAGUAAAUUAAAAGCCCUCGGUGGUUUGUGGUUUAAUUUCGUGGCUUUCUUCCCUGUGGCCUCCAUUUCUGUAUGAAAUCAGGGCUUUGGAAGAAAUAAUGGAACCACAGCCAGAUCUGAACAUAGGAGGGGUCGCAUUUACCGUGUGCUGCAGGACUGUACACGGCCCUGUGACCCUAUAUUUGCUCACUGGAAACUCAGCUGUUUCUCAGAAGAUCACACUGUUUCAUAAGAAAGUCUGAAGAUUCUGUUCUACGUUGUCUGUGCUGGCAGGUUUCUUGGGAUCUCCGUCCCCUUGGAUGGUGGGUGUUUGUGCACCUUGAGUUACACUCACUUCUUAUGCACCUAAGGGGCCUGACCUGGAGAAGGAUCCUAAGGUCACAACUGUCUGUGAUUUUCUGGGAAUUGUUUCAGCCCUCACAUCCUCAACGGUGGGAUGGAUCUUCCAGGUGAGCCUCCGCAGUCCAGGUGGGAAGGCCGAGCGAGUGACAGGAUGGCCUGGGGAGGUGACCACAGGGCAUUGCUCUGGACAGGCCAGGGAGGUGACCACGGGGUGCCACUCAAACUAAGAUAAGCCUUUCCUUCCAGGGCAGGGUCCCAGCCUGGUCGCUGCCCCUGUGACCUGGGCGGCACUUCUGGAUAUGUACAGGACAUAUCCAGGUAAAGCACACAUAACAUGCCCUAACCUCUGCCUCCCUUACCUGGUGCUGGAGGCGGAAGAGGCGUUUUGAAUUCCUUGGGCCUGGGGAUGGCACAGAAUUCUGUCCCCUCUUCUCUGGGGAGAUUCCGUCUUUCACCCUCCCUGUGGUUCAUUUCAAAUAAAAUUUAAAUGCAAACUGUAGCUGUUAGAUCACUCAAAUCUGGGGAAAUAAAGCAGGGCCACUCCUGGCGUUCAUUUACCAGAUUUUCCUGAGGGAACAUCAAAGCCUCAAGCUCAUCAUCUCAGAAGCCAUGCUUCUCCUUCACUCUGCAAACCCAGGGGCGUAGCGCCUCACUCCUCUGGGUGGCAGGAUCUGCAGUACGGCUGGGCUCUCAGCACAGGCUGCCCGAGGCUGGAACUUGCCUCCCAUGUCCCUGUGCCCUGCCCACCAGGGUCCCCCAGGCCCACACUGUGCCCCCCCAACAUCCCUGCCCACUGGGGUCCCCAGGCCCGUGCUGUGCUCCCCCCACAUCCUGACACACAGGUGUCUGCCUUUCUGUAAGGUGACUCGAGUGAGGUUGCUGAGGCCCAGGGGUCCCUGGCUCCCUGUGGGGUGCAGAAGUGCUGGUGUUUGCCCAGAUCCAGUGGUGGCUACAGGGGCCUCAUGUGACCUGGCUGUCCUGGAACAUUUUCUCAUGUUGUCCUGUCAAAGCCUCUGCUGUCCCCUUUCUAAAAAUGCCACAUUUUGUCUGUGGAGGAGCAGGAGACCAGAGUGAGGGUGGUAAGUCACAGCUGAGCUACCUAGAACUGUGGCCAAACCGGGACCGAGCCCUCAACCACUUGUGGCCCGAAUGUUGGACAUGCCUAAAGGUUAGAGGAUGGUGGUGCGACAGGAAGCGUCUGGCCAGGCGAGUUGAUGGUGCUGAGGGCCAGGGCUGUCAUCCCAUCUGCUGCAUCCUGCCUCUGGCCGCUGGCAGAUGGAAGAGAACCCCCGCCUAUUCUCUCUGGCCCUGUUGGUUAUGCGGACCUGAAGGGCACCCUGAGAGGUGACCAUCAGGACGUGAGUGUCCCCUCGAUGGAGCCAUCCACCUGCUAUACAGCUCAGGGACAGCUUGUCAGGGCAGAGCUCCGCAGCCAGUGUCUACACUCCAGACACUGGACACAGGGGAGGUCCAUGCCUGCGCGGACAAGGUUCCCAACCAUCAGGAUCACGACCUCAGGCACGUGGAAUCCACAUAGACACUGACACCAUGCAUGCCCUGUGUGGACAGGUGGUAGUUCAGAUGGCAGCCUCUGGGCAGAUGCGGCGGGCAGACCUGAGUGGUGGGCAGUGUCCUCUGCCUGUGGGGGUGAUGCCCACUUGGCAAACACUGUGCCUUCUGUACCACAGGAUCCAGUGGACCCCCAGCCUAUGGGGAGGCGGGGUUCUGCCCCAUCUUUCAUUUCUCACCAGCCCUUGGUACAGAGUAGAGGUGGUUGAGAUGGCCAGUGUCCCCAAAGCCCGAAGUAGGGCAAACCAGUGAGUUAGUGUCCGUGUCGCCCCAGAAUUGGGGCAUCCAGACCUGACUUCAGACCCCCACCCACCCUUGGACUCGCGCUUGGCGCUCCGCAGACCUGGCCGGCGUGCUCGGUCUCCGUGUUCUGCACCUGAGAAUGGGCCUCAGGUGCCCAUGUUUCUCCUGACCUCAGAGAGGCUCAGGUCCACCACAGAUCCUUGGAAUCUUAACCACGCUUGUGGGUCAAGUCCUCCCUCUUCCCUGUGUCUCCCCAGGAGUGGUGGGGUCACUAUCUCUGUCUGCAGGGACCUAUGGACAAAUGUCCUCCCCGGGUCCCAGCUGUCCUCCUGCCCCUUCAGGAGCGACCUCUCACUCCCUCUGCUCCUGCAGCCACUGUGCAGACUGCAGGCCACACCUCAUGCAGUGAAACCUCAAGGUCUCACUGUUCAUUCCUGCCUGGCAGCGCCAGUGACCCUGCCGCCUCAGGCCUCCUGUGUCCUGGACACCAUCGCCCCACCCACCGCCGCCCCGCCCACCAUCCCUUGGUCCCUCUGCCCUCAGGCUGCACACACUCCUUUACCAGCUGCCCUUCCACCCACACUCCCACCUGGCAGGACCGUCCAGCUGCCUUGGCUUUCUGUGCAGCUGGUUGACUUGCUGAGACCACCCUGCCCCCAUCAGGUCCUUUUGGUCCAAUUUCAGAACCACCGUAGCAUCCCAGUGCCACCCCACUGCCCGCCCUAUGCCCUGCUGGGCCCUCAUCCACCUGGUGGCCCCAGGGAUCCUCCAGAGAGGACAGCUGAGUGCUGUCUGGGAUGAUCCCCCAGCCCCUCACUCGCUGGAAGAACUGAAGGCCUGCAGGGUCCACCUCCUAAGGUCAGGACCUCUGGCCUCUCCCCUCCCGCAGCCCUGGGCCUGGUGGUCUCCCCACAGGUCUCAGGCCAUGCUGCCCCGUUCCUGCCCUGGGGGCUCACCGUUCCCCUGCAGGCGUGUCUCCCCGAGCCAGGGAGACAAGAGGGCUCACUGUCCCUCUGGCCUCUUACUUCUCUCUUGCCCACUUCCUCUUUGUUGCUUUGAUCACCCCGUGACAUGGGUGUCAGAGGCCAACACUGAAGUCUCUUUCCUCCUCUUUUCUCCCCACAGAAAAGUACACACAUUUGUCCCGUUCCUGUUUCCUUCCAUAAACCAUCAACUCCGAGAGGCGGGCUUUCCAUCCUGUGCCCAGGAGUGCCUGGCACACAGUAGGCUCUCAGUAAAUACCCUGUGGGGGUAUGUGGGGGAGGAUGCCAGGCGCCCCGGGGCUCAGCAUGUUCUGAGCCUUUUCUCCUUCUUCGGUUAAAAUGAAAUUCAUUGUGGUUUCUUGAAGGCUUGUAUAGACUACGUUUACUCUGGGAAAUGCAGGGCAUGGAGAAUCUACUCUGUCAUCCAUCCUGGACUUGAGAUAACCGCUGUCAUCGAGGCCAUGCUAUAGCCCCUCCGUAUGCAUGGGCAGACCCAGAUACACAAACGCACACACACACAUCGCCAUCCACCUUCAGAGCACAGACUUGAGUUUGUGGUAGGCUGAUGGUUUUCACCACCUUUUAAACAUUGAUCAUAGAUGGUAAUAUCUAAAUGCAGCCAUUGUCAGUGUCCUUACACUCUGCAAGUUAACACCUAGGAGGGGGCUCACGUACACACAAUGAUUUCUUUCAACCCUGCCCCCUAUUUGUCAUAUUUAAAUAGCUUCAGAAUUUUUCACUGUCACACGUAAUGACACCUGAGAACAUACGUGGUUGAAAUGUUCCUGAGAAAAUGGUGUUUCUCAGGAACUGGCCUAAAGUGCAGACUCUCAGAGAGAGACCUUGAUUCAGCAGGCCCCUCAGGGUGGCGGACACAGCCCUGUUCUUCACCAGCUUCCCCAACACCCGGAUGCACAGCCCGGGAGACCAGGCCAGACCUGCUGCCUAGAUGGAAACCGGCCUGGGACAGGUCUGCAGAGCCGAGCGGUCUCUCCCAGUGACAUCCAGGUACCCACUGCAGUGCCCCUGGGCAUUGGCUGUGUCACAGACUCUUUUAAGAGAGCCAGGCUGCCCUGUGUAAUGUCCACACAGCGUCUUUAAGUGGCACUCAGCCAGGAGAAGCAUUCGUCUGUAGACAGCCUCUCUCCACACAAGAUCCAUUAUACCCAGAUGUGAAGGGGUCAACCCCACAGGCGUCUGUGGGGACAUAUUUUCAAAGCGUAGGCACAGAUUUGAUUAGUUGUAAUACCCUCCAGUGUAAGAUGGCACGCUAGAAUAUUUUAUUUAAAACGCAACAGAGAAUUUAGCCCGUUUGCAAAUAUCAGCGGAUUUGCUAGUGUACAGUUCUGUCCUAAUACGGUGUUUUCUGGAGAGCUAAGUGGACUGGGUUUUGUGUCGAGAGUCAAGUUGUGUCCCAUCCACCUCAUUGCUUAGACUUCUCAGACUAAAUCCUCUUGUGACUCCUGCCCACUUGGCACAUGGCCUGUGCAGGGGCCAGGACAGCGUGGGUCCGGCCCCAGCUCUGCUUGGCCACUGCCGGCGGCCCCUCUGAGGGUCUGGACUGCGAGAGGUUAUGCUCUCUCCUCCCUGGAUGGAGGGCGUGGACUGGGAGAGUUAAAUUCUGACCUGCUGGACAUUCAUGAAGCAGGUGAGCCCACACUUGCAAUUGCAAAUGUAUCUGUUUUUUUUCUCUUGCACACCAGCGCAAUGCCCCAAAGGAGGCAGAGGGAGAGGCUGGGUGGUCACGUGUCCUGCAAGGUGACAGCAGAGUUCUUGUCCCUGACUCUGGAGGUGUGUUUGGUGCUGAGUUCCCUAUGUCACCAGGGGCCAUGGGAGCACCCCAUCCUGGCCAGCCCCCACCCCCUCCCUGGUAGAACAAUGUCUGAUGAGGUUCUUCACGGUCAAAGAUCUUCUCUUUCCUUUUUCUGCUCUUUCCCUUCUUUCUCUCAGUCCCUUAUUUCUUCCUUCUUUCCACGAGUGCGGAGGAUUUAUUUUACAUAUGGUACCAUGUCAUGUGCUCUGGGAUGUUCAAAGUUAAAUACUGUGUAACCCCUGGCCUCAGAGAUAAUAAAAGAGAGAACCGUUUUUACUAGUCAUUCGAAUGCGUGGCAAUAAGCACACUAUUCACGGAGGAGGACUUUGUGCUAAGAUUUAGAGGCAGGAACUGAGAGACUAGUAUUUGGGGUGACUGGUACCCUGGGUGCUACAUGGGGGCAGAAUCCGCAGGUGGAAUCUUUGGAGGACGGCUGGGGUGGCGAGGCAGAGCCAGGAGGCCAGAAGAUACCACUGCGUUCUCACAUGGGAACAACCACCAGACAUUUAAGGCCUGACUUGGGAGGUUUGCCUGUUCUGACUGACCUGGUGACUUAGGGGGUUCACCUGGUUACUUACAUGGGUUUGCCAGGAGCUUGGUUCCAUAUAAUGGGCUUAUUUAUAAUGUUAUGGCACAGGCUCCAGACAGGCUGUUGGCAUUUCUGAGAGAGGGUCUGUGACAACACUGCUGACAGAUUCCACCAGGGGACCAGAAAUGCUUGCAGUUUGCUUGUACUAUCAAUAUUCAGACUCAUUGUCUUCUCCCAGAUGUCUGUCUGUACAGCAAACCAAGGAAUGCCCAGGUUAAGCAAACAUAUGAGCCUAUUAUGAGAAUCGUAAAUGUGACAUAAUUAAUAAAUGUGCCAGCAUUUCUUCUCCCUGUGGGGUUAAUACGUGAUCAGGCCUGAGCUAAUGUGUAUAUAUUUACAGACACAAGGAAAUAUGCAUAAUGUGCAUUGCUGUUUGCAUUUUGCAAUGGUGAAGUGCUCCUUUAUGUUCUAGUUUGUAAUGUGGGGUAUUCACAAGAAUCAGAGCUGACUGUGGGUGAUGAGGAAUCUUUUCUGUCCUGGUGACUAGCUAAUCCCUUUGCGCAAAUUACUUGGUGCUUCCUGACCUCAGGUUCCUGAUCUAUGAAAUGCCUCCCACAUACUCAGUGCCAGGAGUUCAGAAAGAGAAAGAAAAGGAGGGGGCUGUUCUCCCCAGGAGGGCAGUGCCCCCCAACUUUGUCCUGACCACCCCCCUCCUCAACCAAGGUCCCUGAGGCCAGUCUUGGAAAAUGUGAGAAAGGAAAUGUUUUAGUGUAACUUAUGUGAAUGGUGAAGAUUGUCUCAGAACAGUAAGCAUAAGCCCUGGUGACCAGCAGGAACUGGUCAGUCGUGCUGCCCAGGAAACAGGGUGACUCCAGGACUGAAUUGCAAAGGGCCUGCAGUCACUCUACCUAACAUGCUGGGAACCAGCAGGAUGUCACCAUAGCAACCAAGCAAGUAACCGUUGCAGGUUGGCAGGCAGCAAAAAAUCAUUAUAAUAUUUAAGAACCAAAACUUUAAUAUUUUAUUUUCCAAUCUCAUCCACUGUGGUUUCCCCUUCUUAACAGAAUGGAUUCCUCUCCUAGUCAUAGAAACUUGUUCCAUAAUGCUUUCAGAGCAAGAGCUGUAGGACUUAGAUUUUCCAAAAGAUGAAAAUGGUCCUUUAGGAAUCUAACUGUUAUUUGGGUUUUUCUGGGUAAAGAAAUCUGUGUUUAGUGCUACAACACAUUUAGUUGUUAAACUUGCUUCAGUUCCCAGUUUAACCUUUGACUUCUGGGAGCUGUUCAUCAUUAAAGGUGCUGAAAUUGGGGGCUAAUAGUUUGCAGCAAAGUGCUUCUUGGAAGGUUUGUUUGUUUAUUAUUUUUCUUCUUUUGGUUAGAACAUGCACAUGUAUACACAAAGAGUAACACAAAAAUACAUGCAUAAAACCCUGUAGCCAUGUAUGUAUUCAAACAUAGUAUGUAAAAAUUAUGCUCUGUUAUUUUAGUGUCUGUAUUAAAUGACUAUGCUUCGUUCUUAGACAAAAACUGAGGGUUUUAGUUAGCUAUUACUGUUAGGAUUUCAGGACUUGUUUUACCAUCAAAUAAACAUAAGACUUUGAAUCACAGAUAUCAUUAAGAUAGUCUAACUCACUGUAUAUUAUAAUAUGUUAUAUUUAUGCAAAUAUUUCUAUUUUUCGUUGAAUUCCUUAAGAAUAUAAAAAUUGAAUAAAACAUACACAGUAAUUUGUUAUUCCCCCCUUGGAUUGAAUGACCAGGAAUUAUGAGAUAAUGAAUGACAAAUGAAUAAAACAUAACAGCAGAAAUUAAUUUCUCAGCAGAAACAAAGAUUAUUUAGAACAUUUGGAUUUACUGUUUUGUACUGUGUUAGUUUUGUGCUGUUUUAUUAGUCAAAAUUUUAAAACUCUUGAGUGGUCUGAGAACAGACUCCUCCCAAAUAAUCAAUAUAAAGAAAAGCUAUAACUUACCUAGAAAGAUUUUUCCUUAUCAGACUUUCUUACUAAUGCUUUUUGUUUGUUUUAUAAAAAGCACUAGAACAAAAUAAUAACAGUCUUCUUAGCCCAUGAUACACAAAAAUAGAUUUUUCUCACUGAGCAUUUAAUUGUACAUGCACAAUUAAAUAGUUUGCUCCCACAGCAACAAAUGUUGAAAUAGCACAUGCUCAGAAAAAGUCAUGUAUGAAAUACACAUGUGUCUCAGAUGUUGAUAAGGAUCAACUUUCUUAAACAUUUACCCAGAAGUCAAUUUCUAUGUGACAGAUACUUUGGUAGCGGAAGCUAUUAAUAGAAUUUAUGUUGGGUUACAAAGGUUGUUAUACAGCUAUAUAUAUAAUAAAAUUUAUUGUUUUAAAAAAGUAGAGUUUGUUAUGAGACCAUGUUCUUAAGUGUCUAAUUAUAUGAUGAAAUUUUGACAAUCUCCAAACAUACAGUGGUCUGCUAGUGGUUCAGGAGCUAUAAGAGCUCUUUUAGGGGAGGCAGAAGACAGUUCAUUAAGACUUCAGCUCAACUUAUUAAACUGGCAAGUGGAUUUCUACUUUUCAUUUUUAACUGUGUGGACCCUGAUUUAGAGUCCCAAAAUUUAAGUCUCCUCCUUCUGCUCCAAGUAUGAAGAUGACAAGUGGCCGGCCCCUACCCAUGGAUAUAGUAGGGCUUUAUCUGGUUUAAUGUUCACAUCAGAUAAUAAAUAGAUGUUUCCACUUAAACUCUGUGCUUAUUACUUAGAUUCCAUUAUGUGUUUUUUAAUAGCCCUGCUGGCAGACAGUUGCCAUUAAAAACCUACAGCCAAAUUCCUCUUCUCUCUCAAUGCUGUCUCUCCUUCGCAACAGUAGACACCCUUCUGGCUGUUCGACCUUCGAGUGACCUUCCUCCAGCUACCUCAGGAGUCUGAACAUCCAGAGGGCUCCUACAUGAGAAAGAGUGAGAGCUGGUUCCACUGAGGAAGUUGCCAACCAGAGUCUAUAGAACCGUGUUUGAACUCUGAUUCUUCAUAAAUUGGGGCAAAAUAUUUACUAUGUGUAAACCUUAGCUUCUCAAUGUUUAAAUGCAGGGACAGUAAAACCUGUUUGGUACAGAAAAGAGCCAUUGGAAAGAGUGAAGCUGGUAUAAUCCUGGUGAACCAUGGAUGGUGUUGAGAUAUGAGAAGUGGUGGUGGCAGGGGACUUGGGUGUGGGAUGGUGGGUGGCCCCUGGUCUUCUGGGUGGAAUCAUGUCACUGCAGGGCCAGUUGUCUGUUAGGCUGCACCCUAAUAAACUCACAGUAACAUUAAAGGACUUUAAGGAAUUAUUAUGCUAAGUGAAGUCAGUCAGACAAUGAGACGCCAACAUCAAAUGCUAUCACUGACAUGUGGAAUCUGAAAAAAGGACACAGUGAACUUCUUUGCAGAACAGAUACUGACUCACAGACUUUGAAAAACUUAUGCUUUCCAAAGGAGACACUUUGGGGGCUGGGGGGAUGCGCUGGGGUGUGGGAUGGGAAUACUAUAAAACUGGAUUGUGGUGAUCAUUGUACAACUAUAAAUGUAAUAAAUUCAUUGAGUAAUAAAAAAAUUGUUGUGUUUUAGGAAAUCCUACCCAUGCUGUUUCUUGUGACAACUUUUGAUUAAAUCGUCUCAGUCCAGUGCAUUAAGUGGAAUCGUUUUACGAGAGGCCUGACCGGCGGGUCAUCCACUUUUGAUGUCAUAGUGUGUUUCCCUCAAGUGCGUGCGGCUCCUUAAAGUCUGUGGGUUUCAGAGUUUCAUUUUGUUGAGCAAAUCUGUGCAUUUGGAGAAGGAUCGGAUUCUCGCGGCUCUGCCUACGUCUUCCCUCUGGUCACCUGUGCUUUCUCCCAUCGGGCUCGCCUCUUUUUCCUGGUGUAUUUGUUGCUUGAUUUUAAUGCUAGGACUUUUCUGGUUUGGGAUGCAUAUUUCAAGGAGUCAUUUUUGCUCUCUUUCUGUAGAACUAGUGAGGAAGGGCAUGCUGCCCCUCAGCCAGCAGGACCACAGCCCAGGGUCCCAGCAUGUUUGUCACUCAGUGCAGCUCCAGGAGAAGCUGCGCAGAAGGACUCAGUGCCUCAGGGUGAAUGUGGUUUGAUGACAGGAAUUCUGUUAGCGUCGUGUGGAGGUGACAUUGACCUCAGAGUGGACAGAGCUGGGCUUGAGUUCAGACCAUGCUGGAGACUCACUCCAGAAGGUACUUUUGGACAGACUCAGUCUCUCUAGUUGAGGUUGGAGGCACCACCACCAUCUGCACUGACGAGCUGCGGUGGAGAAAUGCAGUUACACCCAUGAAACGUCUCACCGUGCCUAGUAGGAGGCUCAGGAGGAAGAAAUCCCAACUUAAUCAUCUGCCUUCAUUCAUAGUGAAUACAGCCAGCAGGUAGAUGAGGUGUCGUAAGCAGAGAUCCCCUUGAGAAAUGAGAGACAGUGUUUGUCAAACCUGAGAGCUCACGGGCCACUGGGAGCCAUCAGAUCCAGGUUUGCUCAGGACUCCUGGGAGGUGGCACAUUUGCCCCAUGAAGAUGGCUUUCAGUUGUGAAAUGGUUACUGCACUGUAUUCAACCUGGAGUAAUCUUGAUACUGGGACACACAGAGUCCUUAUUAGACAUGCGGGUACGAUGAAUUAAGGUUAGGUAGUUUGUAUUCAUUUAGAUUUUGGACAGCAUGACCAAAUUAAAACACAUUCUGACACUGGUGAAUUUGGAUGACACACUUCAUGUUAAUACAGAGAUUCAAAUACUGCAUGUAUUUUCAGCUUUGCUGAAUUAUUUUCCUUUGUGCUAGUUGUGUAAGCAACAACGUAAAUCAUUAAUUGAAUAAUUAUAUUUCCCUUCUACAGAUACACAUGGCAUUUGUCUAAGAAUUCUGCAGCUUAUUUGUUUCUAUAACAUACUAGCUGGACUGUCUCUUGAUUUCUUAUAUCUACCUCUGAGAGAAGAUUAGGAAUCUUUAUUCUGAACACCAGCAAAUCCUUCUGGAGGUUAUGAUCAGAGGCCAUGCAAACAAGAGCCUCUGGGGUAAUUGUCUCUGAAUGAGAUUUAUUCGUGAACAGCUUGUGGCCUUUCAUCCUUAAGAAUUGUGACCAUGUUCAUUGAUAACAACACUAGAGGUUAAAAUGUGCAACCCAGAAAACAAAAAGAAAGAUAAUCUUUCAUUUGAUGGAGAAAAACAAAGUACUUGUUGAAGCUUUGAUGCUCAGACAGGAGAUGGAAAAAAAGGUGCUGAGAAAUUGUUUCCCUGUUUACUGAUUCUCAAAUCCUUCAUUCUGUGUUAGGCCCUAACAUGAAGCUGCAUAAAACAUGAAAACUUGUUUUUUAAAAUUUGUGUUUCUGCGCAAAACUACGAGUUUAGAUUUAGUGAUAGGGAGGUUUAGGGACACAUAGCCUCUUGGAGAAGUCGGAGGGGGCUUUUUCUGCUCCCAAAGGGAGGUUCGGUUCUGGAUGGACUUCCAUUGGGCAUUUGGUCCGGUUUACUGCCACUGGGGCUCACGCUGGCCCUUUUGCUGAAAUGCCUCCCAUUGGGACUGAGAUGUUGCAUCACAAGCAGGUUGUUGCUUGCUUUGUGGGAAGAGGCUGCCUUCCCAUUUGGACACAUGAGGGUUAACUUCCUCUGUCCGUCUGGGCCACCCGCAAAGCUGGUAAACCUGUGUUUCUGGGUGUGGCUGUGAAGGUGUUCCCAGGAGAGAGCGGUCUUUGACUCUGUCGGCGGGUCAAGCAGAGCACCCUUCCCGAAGCGGCAGCGCUGUCCAGUCCAUCGAGGCCCAGGUGGGAAGAAGGACCCUGUCUGUCUCCUGCCCCCAGAGCUCAGCCCUCAGCCCAGCCUGAGCAGUGCCUCUGCCAUCCUGGGUCUGCAGAUGGCAGAUCCUAGGAUCUCUUGGCCUCUGUGGUCACAAGGCCUCCUCUUAUGGACUACAUCCAUGUCCAUUCUCUCUUGGUCCUGGGUCUCUGGUGAGCCCUGGCUGACAUUAACCAUGUGCCAGAGACUGGCGCCCUGGCUGUGGCUCUGAACUGUGAUUGACAGUGAGUCCUGGUUCUGCACUAACCACUCAAUCACAGGUACUGUUCUGAGUGGCUCUUCAGUCCCCUGUGUGGCUGGUACUGGUCUGAGUGGCUCUUCAGUCCCCUGUGUGGCAGUUCCCAGAUCUUGGGUGGCAUUGCGACAAACCAGUCAGGUGUGUGUGGUUCAGCAAAGACCUCAGUGUUGGUGGAAGGGAGGUCGAAUGGCAGGGGGCCGGGUGUACUCACCACCUGGGGGUUAACCUGUCCCUGAUGUGGUUCCUGAAUUAGGGUCCUCAGUCAGUCUGGGAAAGAUCAGUGCUGGUCCCAGAUGUGGGUUCAAGGCCCCUCCCAGGGCACAGGGCUGGGACACCAGGUGUUUGAGGUGACUCUGCAGGUGACCUCACUCCCUGAGCCUCGGUUUCCCUGAUGACCAUGCCCACCUGCCUCUACCCCCCAAAAUGAAUUAUACAUGUGCUGGGAAGCUUGAAAAGCAUAAAUUCUACUCAGCGAACAUUGUAUGUCACCUGAGGGUCACGUACAAAGUAGCUGCCUCUGGGAAGACACACCAGCGCCCCUGUUGCUGGAGCCGCCAGGGGCCUGGUGCCCCCACAUCCCACCUGUCUGUGCCCCAGCAGACCCUGAACCUAAGCUGCCUGGGCCCUCCCAUCCCACCCCAAUUCACACCCAUCCAGAGAAGAUCUGUCUUCACUUUGGCCCCAGCAUCCCCGGUCCCCAGGGAUACCCAGCCUCUCCACACCCUGCCUGGGGGGUGUAUCUGCCAGGAGCCUGGGUUCCAGGGCUGCGUGUCCCAGCCUCCCCACUGGAGGGGGCCCAGGAAGGGCUCCAGCCUCCUGGGCCAUGGGUGUGAAAUGAGCACGCUGUUCAUAAUGGCCCUGGAACUGCUGUGGUUACUCACCUGCUGUGUCCUCCUCUGUCCGCGGCUGCACUGAGGCAGGUGUCUCGAUCCACUCUUAUCCACGAUACUCCCAGCAUGUGGCGUGGCCAAGGGGAAGGAUGGCUGUCUGCGUCCCCCCGAGUGCACAGGCUCUCCUGGGGGAGACUGGUGUGGGACAGCAGCUCUGCCGCAUGUGGGUGCCUUGAGCAGAGAAAACCACAGACAAGGUGACACCUGCUGGAGGGACCUCAGGCGGUGACAACGGCCUGAGCCUGGAGGACUAAGCCCGGUGGCCGUGUAAGUGAUUCCAGUUGGUUGGUUCUGAUUGUCAUCAGCAGCAUAAAGCACAUGCAUUAAAAGCUGGCGGUUUCGAGGUGCUUCUAGGCUCUGGGUGCAGGAUGUCCCACGGCAUCUCGUGUUGCUGGGGAAGCCGCUCAACCAGGUGGGAGGGCCUUGGGGAUGUGGGACUGCAGCUUGAUUCUUCAUGGUGGCGUCAGUGAUGAUGCGAGUCCCUCCACAGAAUCUAGCACUGUCUCAGGACUUGAGGUCGAAUGUGUUUCCUGGGGCUGCUAUAGCCAGAGGCCACAGGCUGCGGACUUCAAACAACAUAACUGCCCAGUCUCACCGACUGGGGCCCCAGGGCUGGCUUCUUUUGAGGCUCAGGGCCCGUCUGGCGAGCCUGGCCUUGGCAUGAACACAGGCCUGGUGGUCCUGGCUUGUGGACGCACCACUGCAGCCUCUGACUGCUGCCUCUCUAGCCGGAAGCCUGCCCUUGGCUUUGGGGCCAGCAUGAAGCCAGCACUGCUGCCUCACAAGACCCUUAUGAAUGGUGCGUGUGAAGACUCUUGUUCCCAGAUAGGGUCACAUUCUCAGGUUCCAGGGGACAUAAGUUUGGUCAUGGUGCUGUCCCCACAGAGGGACACACCAUGCGUUUGGCUCAGGUGGUCUUCCUUCCUGAGCUGGGUCAUGAGGUCCCCGCCAGGUCUCCGAAAGCCAGCUGAGGUCAGGCGCAGCGUUGCUGCAGAGGCAGCCUGACGUGUGGCCUGAAGCUGACUCCCAUGCGCCCGACCCUGUGGUGUCCCUCACUCAGAGCCCCAUCUUGACCUAUUGUGACCUGGUGUCCCCAGCGUGGCCUUCUGUGCCGUGUGGCUUUCAGCCUGGGCACAGGUGCGACUCCAGCAGACCUCCCCUCAGUCCUUGGGCACUGUGCCUGGGAACAUCUCAGGUGAACGCUUGACCCCACCAGGAACACAUGGCGCAUCGGGGCCUCAUGAUCAACUGAGGGUGUCGGCAAACCUGCUGUCUUCAUUCACCUGCCAUCUUAGGUUCAAGAAUGUGGAAAGUCUGCCUCCCCCACUGAAUGUCUCGGUCACCAAGUGGCGGAAGGGGAUUCCAGGAGGCUUAUUGUGAGACUCUGUGUCUGUCUUCUCCUCACUGUGUCCCUGACUCCUGUGUCCCCGACUUGGCCGUGGGCAUCUCGCUCUUGAGCUUGGUUCUCCCCAACCGUCUGCCUGGGCACAGAGGGUGACAGGGUGGAGGUGGAGGUAAACAGCCCUCAGCUCACUGGCCAUUCCAGAUGCUCCCUUGGGGAUGGGAUUGGUGGCAAGGCCACUCUGCAUGGUUCCUGGGCUCAGCGUCCAUCCCACUGACCAGGAGUCUUCCGGAGCAAGGGCUGCAGGCGGGGGUGAAGCAGGGUGGGUCUCAGCUCCGUCAGGGCAGCAGCAAGGUCCCAAACCUCCGCUGUCAGCAGACAGUGUUCCUCAGUCCUCCAUCCCACUGCCGCUUAGGCCCCUCCCUCUUUCCCAGAGGAGGGGCUGUGCGGAGCCCUUUGGGUGGAGGGCUUUCCUGGGCUGUCACUUUCCAGCCCUCCAGAGCCCUGCGCUGCCCUGGUGGCCGGCCUGCGAGUGCCCUGCCCACCACUUUCCAGAGACCGUGGCGUCAGUGCUGUGACGAUCCCAGGAAGUUGCCCAUUUAUGGCCACUGGAGCAAAUGAUUUCAUCACAAUAGGUGGCUCCCGUCUAAAUAGGGAUCGUUUGUGAAAUGAGAUUAUAGCCGUUUCUGUGAAACAUCAGCAGACAGAGGCACCUGCUUUCUGCAUGGACGUCCCGGGGGGUUCUGCAGGCGGCCGCCUCAGUGGCUAAUUCCAUUUCCAGCCAAGAGCCUCCCUUUCCUGCUCUGGACCAGGAGGCCCCCACAUCCACAUGGAGUCAACUCCAGAUCCGUGUUUUCUAUUACGCUUGAAUAUAUGGGACACGCGUCGCAAUCCUAUGCCCGCCACCCUGCUGCAGUGCACUUGUCUGGCAGAGCCCUGUGGCCGCUGGUCCACGCCGUGACUCCCAGCCCCGGACACACGCUCCAUGCCUCUGGCCUGGCUGUCUUGCCACGGUUUCGAAGCUUCCUCUCAGCGCCCGGCUCCCGUUUGCUGAGAAGCCGCCUGCUCUUUGCAUGGGAGCUGCAGGCAGCAGCCUUGUCGCGAGUCGCAGUGCACCCUCUGCGGGGAGCCAGAAGAGGAAGAGGGCGGGGACCUGGCCCAGCCGGGCAUCAGCUUUCCGGGGCCGGCAGAGGAGGAUCUAGACCAGCAGUAUUCAUGGUCCCCAACCCAGCACUUCAAUGAGGAGAGGUACCUGCCGGCCCCAAGGACUAUGAAAGGGCUCUCCGGGAGUCGGAACCCGCCGCAGCUGUGCUCUGGCCACACCUGUGGCCUGACGCCCCCUGAGGACUUCGAGCAUGGCCACGGCCACCUCCACCAUGGCCAGGAGACCCGGCAGCCCUACCUGCUCAGCCCGGCGGACAGCUGCCCCGUGGAGCACCACCGCUGCUCCCCCAGGACUUCCAUCCAUUCGGACUGUGUGGUGAUGCCCGUGGUGCUGGGCGACCAUGUGUCCAGCAGCACCUUCCCCCGGAUGCACUACAGCUCCCACUACGACACGCGGGACGACUGCACCGUGUCCCAUGCCGGCGCCAAGACCAACAGGAUCCCGGCCAACCUCCUGGACCAGUUCGAGAAGCAGCUGCCCCUGCACAGGGACGGCUUCCACACACUGCAGUACCAGCGGACCUCGGCGGCUGCUGAGCAGCGCAGUGAGAGCCCGGGCCGCAUCCGGCACCUCGUGCACUCAGUGCAAAAGCUCUUCACUAAGUCCCACUCUCUGGAGGGCUCGGCCAAGAGCCAUGCCAACGGCACCAAGGGUGACGGCCGGCCGGACGAGCAUCAGCACGGCCACCAUGCCAAGCACGGCAAGCGGAGCAAGAGCAAGGAGCGCAAGCCCGAGGGCAAGCACCGCUCGGGCCUGAGCAGCUGGUGGAGCUCGGAUGACAACCUGGACAGCGACAGCACCUACCGCGCCUCCAGUGUGGCCAACAGGCGCCACGUGGCCCACAGCGCCCACUGCUACCCCGAUGCGCUGCAGGGCCCCUUCGGGGACCUCUCACUGCGGACCUCCAAGAGCAACAACGACGUGAAGUGCUCAGCCUGCGAGGGCUUGGCCCUCACGCCAGACACCAAGUACAUGAAGCGGAGCUCCUGGUCCACACUGACCGUGAGCCAGGCCAAGGAAGCCUACCGCAAGAGCUCCCUGAACCUGGACCAGCCGCUGGUGCCCCAGGACCUGAAGCCGCCGCUGCGGCCCUGCCACUAUCUUCAGGUGCCCCAGGACGAGUGGGCUGGGUACCCCCCUGGGGGCAAGGAUGAGGAGAUCCCCUGCCGGAGGAUGAGGAGUGGCAGCUACAUCAAGGCCAUGGGCGACGAGGAGAGCGGGGAGUCGGACUCCAGCCCCAAGACAUCCCCCAAGGUGACCCUCCGGCCGGAGCCUCUGCUCAAGUCCAUCGGACCCAGGCCGCUGGGAGAGCUGCAAACCCAGAGCUACCUGCAGGCUGCCAGCGACGGGCCUGCCGGCCACAGCCUGGACCCCCCUGCCAACUACAACUCCCCGAAGUUCCGCUCCCGGAACCAGAGCUACAUGAGAGCCGUCAGCACCCUGAGCCAGGCCAGCUGCGUGAGCCAGAUGAGUGAAGCGGAGAUCAAUGGGCAGUUCGAGUCCGUGUGUGAAUCCGUCUUCAGCGAAGUGGAAUCUCAGGCCAUGGAUGCCCUCGACCUCCCGGGAUGCUUCCGAACCCGCAGCCACAGUUACCUUCGGGCCAUCCAAGCUGGUUACUCCCAAGAUGAUGAAUGUAUCCCCAUGAUGACACCCUCCGACCUCGCCUCAUCCAUCAGACCCACGACAGCCGUGUCCUACACCAACUACAAAAAGACCCCGCCGCCCGUGCCCCCCCGCACCACCUCCAAGCCGCUGAUCUCAGUGACAGCGCAGAGCAGCACGGAGUCCACGCAGGAUGCCUACCAGGACAGCCGUGCGCAGAGGAUGGCGCCGUGGCCCCAGGAUGGCCGUGGCCUCUACAACUCCACGGACAGUCUGGACAGCAACAAGGCCAUGAGCCUGGCUCUGGAGACAGCCGCGGCCCAGCGCCAUGUCUCCGAGGGCCAGAGCGGCGUGGUGCGGACCAGCGACAAGGCCAUCCUGGCGUCCAAGGCCGAGGAGUUCCUCAAGAGCCGGAGUUCCUCCAUUGGGGUCCAGGAUUCUGAAUUCCCAGAGCAUCAGCCCUACCCAAGGUCGGAUGUGGAAACAGCUACAGAUUCUGACACGGAGAGCCGAGGCCUACGGGAAUACCACUCUGUCGGGGUGCAGGUGGAAGAUGAGAAACGACACGGGCGUUUCAAGCGUUCCAACAGCGUGACGGCCGCGGUGCAGGCGGACCUAGAGCUGGAGGGCUUCCCAGGACACAUUGCCACGGAGGACAAGGGCCUGCAGUUUGGGUCCUCCUUCCAGAGGCACUCGGAGCCCAGCACCCCCACCCAGUACGGGGCCGUGCGGACCGUCCGGACGCAGGGGCUCUUCAGUUACCGUGAAGACUACAGGGCCCCCGUGGACACUGCCAACCUGCCCCCGCCUGACCCCUGGCUGGAGCCGUCCCUGGAGACAGUGGACAGCGGACGCAUGUCCCCGUGCCGCAGGGAUGGCUCUUGGUUUCUGAAGCUGCUGCACACAGAGACGAAGAGGAUGGAAGGCUGGUGUAAAGAGAUGGAGCGGGAAGCCGAAGAAAAUGACCUCUCCGAAGAAAUACUUGGUAAGAUCAGGAGUGCUGUUGGAAGUGCCCAGCUUCUGAUGUCCCAGAAAUUCCAGCAGUUUUAUUGGCUUUGCCAACAGAACAUGGACCCGAGCGCUAUGCCCAGGCCCACCUCCCAAGACCUGGCCGGGUACUGGGACAUGCUGCAGCUCUCCGUCCAGGACGUCAGCAUGAAGUUUGAUGAGCUGCACCAGCUGAAGCUCAAUGACUGGCGGGCGGCGGAGUCUCCGGACAGAAAGGAGGAAAGAAAGGUCCCCCCUCCAAUACCAAAGAAGCCCCCCAAAGGGAAACUGGCUAUUACGAGAGAGAAGUCUCUGGACCUGCCGGACAGACAGCGCCAGGAGGCCCGGAGGCGGCUGGCGGCAGCCAAGCGGGCGGCCUCUUUCCGCCAGAGCUCGGUGGGCGAGCGGGCCGACAGCAUUGAGAUCUACAUCCCUGAAGCCCAGACGCGGCUCUAGGCCCGGCCACCCCUGCGCUGCAGCCACCACUUCCUCACGUCCCUGGUCCCUUGUCUGUCCCCUCACCUCCUGUGGUGUCCUCUGUGCCACGAACGCGCUGCAGAGCCCGGCGGCCACGGGUGCCAUCUCGCGGCCGGUGUGGCUCCUCCCUGGACUGCUGGCUCCCCGCCUGCGAGCCGGAGGGGCAUGGGGACCCCUAGCUCCCCAUCUGUCCUUAGAGGGGACAAGGAACCCAGUUCACACUUUGUUAUUUAUAUUUUUAUAAAUCGUGUGAUAUUCGAGGCAAGAAUAACAAAUAACUAUGAAUGGGUGCCCCCCAACUCACUCGAGGCAUUAGACACCCCACGAGGAAGGUGCUACAGCUUCAGAGCAAGAGCGAAGGACCCCACCUGCGGCCUGGGGUCACUGUGCCCGAACCCGGCUGGCCCCUCACGCGGCUCCUGUGCCAAGUCCAUGGUGAUGAGAAGUCACCCGUGCAGCCAACCCCCCCACCCCCGCCACGUGGUUCUCCCGACGCCGGGCGCAAUCUGCCCCCACAGAUGUCCAGCCACAGCCACAUGGUCAGAGUCGCUGAGUGUCCAUCCACGCAGGGAGGGCCGGGCGAGACAGACCAGAGCCUGGGAAAGGCUGCUCUUCUGUAGCAGGGGUACAAAGAGAAAGGAGCUGUUACUCAGACGAAAGAGUCAUUUAUUUUUUAUUCCUUUGUAACUUAAAAUAUCACACACGGUUCUAUCUUUAAGUUGCACCAUUUACGCUCCAUGUGCUUUUUUUUAAUAGAUGUAUAUAUAUAUUCUCAAAUGCUCUAUCAGUUGACUUUCCAGGGUAUCCUUAAAACACAAAACCACAAAAAAAGUUUGCUUGUUUAAAAUGACAGUUGUGAUGUUGUAAAAAAAGUUUAAGAAAUAUGAAUGUGAGUGGUAAGUAUAUCUCAGUUUAAAUGGUAAAGAAGAAAUGUAGUUUACAUUUGUAUUUUUCCAGAAUUCUUUUGUCCUAUGCAGUACUGCUGAAGUCAAGAAUAUAUUUCUUGCCUGUUUUAGACAUGACAAAACAAAACAAAACAAAAGGUCACAUCGUGAUUUCCUGCUGCGGAUUUGAAGAAAAGCAAUUCGUUUUCAUGAUUCUGAUUGGCACCCGAGAAAAAGAGGAAGGAUUCCAGUGGAAGGCUUUCCAUUCCUAAAGUUACAUUUAGACACCGUGACCAUUGCUCCACUGGUGUGUCUGUGUUCAGACACACCUCAGAGGAAGCGCCUAGUGAUUGACACACCUGGUCCCACACUGGAGUUCCCCAUUCUGACUCCAGCUAAAGGCAGAGGACAACGCUGGUCCCCUGCAGCCCCAGCCCCCGGCCCCCAUAGCACUUUCUUUCCCUCGACUUGCACUUUAAAACGCACCCAGCUCCCUUGCAGCCUGAGGACACAGGAGAGACUUCAGAGAGGUCCUCGAGCAGCUGGGCGCGGCUUUUCCAUUUCCUCACAUCCCACAUUCCACCAAGCAUGGGGUUCGGAGGAGCACAGAUGAUGUUAAGCAUGUGUAGCUUCAGAGUGUUACUUUUUUAAAGCUGAGUAGUUAAGAAUUCCCUGUAGGAACAAAACCCUGAAAACUGAACCUCAUAUCUGGUAUAUAGUUUACCAAACAGCCUUAAAAUAUAUUUGGAAGCAAAAAUCAGUACGAAUGUAUAUCCUUGAAAAAUGCAAAAAAGGAGAAAAUCCCUGAAAUAUUCUUCUAUAAAUGAAACCUAUCCCCCUAGAGUGUUCUAAACAUUUUUUUCUAUCUAAACAAAUAGGUAAAUCCUCAGUAGUAUACAAUAAUGAUGCUUCUUCCUGUGGUCACUAUACUAUGUUAAAAACAUGUAUUUGCAAGCAUUGGCAUUUUAGACUGUAAAAAUGAUGUAUUAUUUAAGAUGAAUGGGUCUUUAGAAAUAACCACAGAAAAGUCGGUGUGCAGUCCUUCAUAAGAGGAAAAGUAAAAUGCGUAUGUGCUUGCCAGCCCCUCACAUGUGCUCCCCUGGAAGCCAGUGGGUUUAAUCUCAUUUCCUUGAACUUGUACAAAAUACAUCCCAACAAAUUAUAAAAUGAAAUAAUAAGUAUUCAUUUGAGAUCCCAGAUUCCGAUCCUGACUUAAACAAAAGUAUUCACUGGAUUUGGGUUAAUUUGUUUAUGUUUUGUAUACUCAUUUUUACUAAAAUCCUCCAAAGUCUUUGCCUAAACCAUCCCUAGGUGAGCAAAUUCGUCUACAACUCAAUUUGACACUGGUUGUGGGUGCAAAGUGGGGAGCGUGCAGGAACCCCUGUUUGGUCCACAUUGUUCCAAAGAAGGUUGUGUGCGGGUGGGGCCGACACAUGCAGCUGGGUCUGAUGGAAGGUUCCUGCAACGUGACCAAGUGCAAUAUAUCCUUCUUAACGUGCACCCCGUUGUGAACUGCAGGCAAUAAGGCACGUUUACGUGUUGUAAAGAAAGACAAAACUGUUCAUAAUCCUUGUGUUAGCCUGUCCCCCUCACUUAUUACAGCCGCUCAUAGCGCACACGCAGCACAGAGCUGCUGUGCCAUCAUUUCACAUCAUGGGUGUAACCUGACGAAGAGAGUGUCGGCAAAGUUGAGAAUAAGGUUAAAAACGAUGAUGCACGAUGUUCUGUGAACAUUACGGUUGAAAGAAAGCGUGGUGUUCUCCGUAAGCCCUGACUCUCCUUCCCGAAAACCCAGCCCAUAACUCCUACUCCUUUAGAAAUCAUUUACCCCGCAGCCCGCAAGUUGGCUUUACUGUGCGGAAGACCCACAUUCAAUUUCCAAGUCAAAACACAAGCAUAAUAAACAGGAUCCUAAAGUGUAACAAAACUCCAGAAAGGCACAUAUCACUUGUUUACAAGCCCACUUUCUGUGUCCUUCAUCUUGUACGCCUUCAUCCGUCAUCGCUGUGUUUAACGCAAAAGUAGAUGCUCCCCGUCACAGUUGUUACCAUCUUUUCUCAGCAAAUUUGUAUCACCAUCCCCGGAAUGGGGUGUGAAGAAUCGAACUGUUGUAUGAUACCAAAAAAUUACAUUUUUGUUUAAAAGGAGAUGUUGUUGAUGUUUUCACCUCAAGAUUGUUACUAAAGACUUUCAGCAUUAAAUAGAACAGUGAAGGAUUACAGAAAACGCAGAUUACAUUUAAAUCCCCUCUUUAAAAAA